AUGCCGGCGGUGCGGCUCCGGCUUCGGCCCCUGGCCGGCUGCCUCCUCCUGCUGCUGCUGCUGCUGCUGCUGGGCGGCCGCAGCGCCGCCGCCCUGGGCCGGGACGCGGUGCCUUCCCUGCGGAAUAAAGGGAUAUUCAUUAUCCAGAGUGAAAAUUCCAGCUUGUGCAUUAAAGUGGACAGAGCUGGCCUUGUUCUGGAAGACUGCGGUCAGCUCUCAGAAAAGAUGUUAUGGAAAUGGGUAUCCAACCAUCGUCUUUUCAACAUAGGCAGCAGCACCUGUCUUGGGCUGAACAUCAGCAGACCAGAGCAGCCACUAACUAUGCUUGAAUGUGAUUCAACUCAGUACUCAUUGUGGUGGAACUGUGAUGGAAAAGCGUUAGUUGGUGUAUCAGAGUUCAAAUUAGCAGUUGAAAACAGUAAACAUAUUGUGGCCAAAAAAAAAACGACUUGUCAAUGGAAGCAGUAUAUGUCCUAUGAUGAAGACCUUUGUGAACACCCAUUUCAAGAAACAUAUACCUUGCUUGGAAAUUCUUUUGGUUUCCCAUGCGUUUUUCCAUUUAAAUAUGACAACAAGUGGUAUUAUGAGUGUACCAGAGAUGGAAAGGAAUCUGAGUGGUGUGCCACAACAACUCAUUACGAACAAGAUGAAAAAUGGGGGUUUUGCCCAAGUGCUGAGAGUGGAUGUGGUAUCUUUUGGAAGAAGAACCCCAACACACACAUCUGCUACCAGUUCAACCUCGCGUCCGUGCUGAGCUGGCCUGAGGCUCGGGCUGCCUGUCAGCUGCAAGGAGGGGACCUGCUCAGUGUCACCGACCCUGAAGAGCAGAACUACAUAAGUAACUUAAGCAGGCAGUUAAAUUCCACAGACGUGGUGCUGUGGAUGGGCCUGAAUCGCCUGGAUGAGGACGCUGGCUGGCAGUGGUCAGAUGGAGCACCACUAAUGUUUGUGAACUGGAGAGCAAAUGUCUCUGAUAACCGUUUUAAAGAAAAUCAUUGUGCAGUGAUUAAUCCAAGACUGAAGUACGGCUGGAACAGUUAUCUGUGUGAAUCUGGAUUGCCUUUUGUAUGCAAAAAAUAUUUAAAUAAGACAGAGCAUGAAACACUGGAUACAUGGCAGUAUUAUGCCACUCGUUGUGAUGCUGGUUGGUACCCACACAAUCGCAACUGCUACAGACUUCAUAAAGAGGAGAAGAGCUGGAGUGAUGCUUCUCUGUCAUGCCAAAGUGAAAAUAGCAGCCUCAUUAGUGUAUCCUCCAUGGCAGAUGAAGAGCUGCUUCUUAACUUGCUUGAAAGUGAAAAUGUAACAGAGACGUGGAUUGGAUUAUACAGUAAUAACACUCCUGUUGUUUUUGAGUGGUCAGAUAGCACCCCAGUAAAAUUCUCUAACUGGCACAGACAAGAACCUAACACCUUUCAAAGAACAGGAGAACUCUGUGUUUCAGCACAAGGACCUGAGGGACAUUGGAGGAUUAAAAAAUGUGAAGACAAAUCUUUAUAUAUCUGCAAAAAAGCAGGGGAAUUUAAUAGUGUCUCUCCUGAACUGGAAUCAAAUUGUCCAGAGGGAUGGGAAAGACAUGGUGGAUAUUGUUACAAAAUCGACAGUACCCCUCGAAGUUUUGAACAUGCUUCCAGUGGUUAUUUCUGCCCACCUGCACUUGUAUCAGUAACAAACAGGUUUGAACAAGCUUUUAUCAACAGCAUGAUCCGCAGCAUGGCAGAAUCUGAGAGAACUUAUUUUUGGAUAGGAUUGCAAGACCUUAACAACACAGGAGAAUACUUUUGGCUCAGUACAGCAGGAAAGAAUCGCUCCAUGAGCUACACAAACUGGAACAAGUACCAGCCACGUCGUUCUGGAGGAUGUGUGGCCAUGCGAGGGGAGCACCCUGUUGGUUACUGGGAGGUGAAAAACUGUAAGAACUUCAAAGCAAUGUCAUUGUGCAAGCAAAAAGUCAAUUCUUAUGAAGAACCUGAACUUACUUUUGAAAAAUAUUCGAGUUCCUGCUAUUUUGGAUGGGAGUCAGAACCUAAUCUGCUCAGUUGCUAUAAGAUAUUUCACAACGAAAAAGUUCUGAUGAGAAGAACAUGGGAUGAAGCAGAAGUGUUAUGUCAAGAUUUUGGAGCCCAUCUUGCUAGUUUUAGCCACAUCUAUGAAGAGACAUUUUUAAACAAUCUAUUAUAUACCAUUUUUGAUAGAACAGAAGAGAGACAGUUCUGGAUUGGAUUUAAUAAAAGAAAUGCACUUUCUGGAGGGACGUGGCAGUGGUCUGACAGAACACCUGUUGUAUCAUCGUUUUUGGAGGACAAGUAUCUUGAAGAUGACUCAAGAAACUGUGGUGUGUUCAAAGUAAACAGAACAGUCUUUCCAGCACACUGCAAUGAAAAGCGUGAAUGGAUAUGCAAAAUACCAAAAGGUGUCAAACCAAUGAGUCCAGUUUGGUACACAGCUGAACUGCCCUGGUCAUAUUAUCAAGGAGCAGAAUAUCUUUUCCAUGUCAGCCCUGCAGAAUGGGAAACCUGCAAGUUUGUCUGUGGCUGGCUUCGUGGUGGAUUGGCAAUAAUAAAUUCUUCUGGUGAACAAACCUUUAUUCAAAAUAAAAUAAGGAAGCUGUCGAUUAGUGAUGUUCAAUGGUGGAUUGGACUGCACGCAGAAAACCUCACUGAUGAAUUUCGCUGGAGAGAUGAAUCACCAGUAAUGUACCAGAAGUGGGAUGAAGGGAGGGAAAGAGAUCUGCAGAAACCUGGGAAAAGAUGUGGCUUCAUUUCAUCACAAACAGGACUCUGGGGUGAUGAAAACUGUACUGUUUCUCUUCCCUGUAUUUGCAAACGUAAAAUUCCAAAGAAGAUAGAGAAGGAGAUUCCAAAAGACCCGAACCAACAAGGAGCAUGUCCCAAAGGCUGGUUGCACUUUGGAUUCAAAUGCUUUUUAAUACAAAUUCCAAAGGAUCCAGAACAUCUGAGAAACUGGUACUCUGCACAAGAAUUCUGCAGUAACUAUGAUGGGUCACUUGCUAUCCUGGAAGAUGAACUGGAGCAAGCUUUCAUAACAAUGAAUCUAUAUGGGUUGAAAACAAGUGUUUGGAUAGGUUUCCAGAGUGACGAUUAUGAAAAAUGGUUGAAUGAAAAUGCUCAAAUGUAUUCUAACUGGUCACCAGUUGAACUAGUGGAUAGACAGCAUUUUAACAUUCAAGAUCAACUUCCAUUGUGUACAUUGGUAUCAAAUAACCCUAAUUUUUAUUUUACGGGAAAAUGGUACUUAGAAAACUGUCAGAAAAAUUAUGGGUUUGUCUGCCAAAAGACUCAGGACACAUCCAGACAUCUUAUCAAUGCAUCUGAUAUGUAUCCUGUGCCAGAUACUUUAGAAUAUGGAAACAGAAUGUAUAAAGUAAUAAGUGGGAAUUUUACAUGGUCUUCAGCAUUGCAAGCCUGCAUGGCAAACAGUGCAGAGCUGGUGAGCAUUACAGACCAGUACCACCAGGCCUUCCUCACCGUCAUCGUCAACCGCCUGGGAUACAGCCACUGGAUCGGGCUCUUCACUUCCGACAAUGGGCUUAACUUUGAGUGGUCAGAUGGGACCAGGUCUUUGUUUACCUUCUGGGAAGACGACGAGUCCCAGGCCUUUGGCAGCUGUGUUUACAUUGAUACUUCAGGGCACUGGAAAAGUGCAAAUUGUGAACAACUUCUGCAAGGAGCAGUUUGCCAUGUGCCACCUAAAAAGAAACUCAAAGCCUAUAAAGGCUUAUGUUCAGAAAAAACUGUACCCUGGAUCAAAUUCAAAAACAGUUGCUACAGCUUUUCCACAGUUCUGCAGGGCAUGAGUUUUGAUACAGCAUAUGAGGUCUGCAAAAAUCAAGGAUCAAAUCUUCUGACUAUUCACGAUGAAGAUGAAAAUGCCUUCAUUUUGGAAGAAUUACACAGUUUUGGUUAUUCUGUACAAAUGGUUUGGUUGAACAUUCUGCUUGUUACAGACAAUGAGACAGUCUCCUGGUUUGAUGGUUCUCCUUUAAAUUAUUCUAACUGGGGCAUCAGAGAACCUGAAUUUGAUAAUCUCAAAGGGAAUUUCUGCAUCAGCUUGAGGACCACAGAUGGAGUCUGGCAAUUAUCUCCAUGCAGAGAAAAGAAGGGUUUUGUAUGUAAAAUGGAUACAGAUAUUGAUACAACAGAAUCCUCUGAAAAAGCAUCAUACGGUGGGCUUGUAGCUCUGGCUGUUCUUGUGACAUUGGUGAUGUUGGCUGCCAUUUCCCUUUUCCUGUGGUGCCUGCACAAGGAGAAUAACCAACUUUUCCGCAGGAUACUGUGGGUCAGAAACGCCUAUUUGCCACAGAUUAAUGCUGAUAGUCCUGCUUUGGAAGAAAGCAUCCUCAUUUCUGACUUUGAGAGAAGUGAGAACAAUUAAUUGAUCAGAAGUAGCAAGUGGUCUUGUCUUCCGUGUGACACUUCACAACCUACAGUGGUUUUCUCAUUCUCGGGAGUCCCUCGGGGUGCCCAUAUGCUGAGAAACCCUCUUGGCCAUCAGUAUCAGUGCUGCAGGAGCUCCCUACCCUGGAGAGCUUUUGCUUUGUGGCAGGAUGAGGUAAGGAUGCAAGGCAGAGCCAUGGAGAAAUGUUCUUCUCUGUGACAAGCCAGGAAUUGAAAAUACUCACAGACCAUAAACCUCCAACCACUCACUUGGAGCAGACAUGGUUGAGGUCCCAGAGCAGUGGGCGUUUUCAUGCAACUUUUUCCUUUGGGAAUGUUUGGGCCUUUGUGUUUUGUUUUUAUACUUUGCAGAACCUGCUUAUGAGCUGACAUUAAAAUUUGGCCUUGAAUUUAGGAACUCUGAAAUAUAUUCCAAGGAUUGUGGGGAAGACUUUUUUUUUUUUUUUUCUGGCAAAAUAGACAGUUAUUUUUCGGACAAUAGAUUCUUGCCACAUUGAUUUCCAAGCUUGCAGGGAGAUGAAGUCACUCUUGACUUGGGACUGCCAGAGUUUUGGUAGUUUGGCCUGUGAUGCCUAGUCCAUGUUAUAAAAUAAAUUAGUCUAGACAUAUAAUGGCAUAUGGGCUUUGUAAUCCUGAACUUAUAUUUAUUUGAGACGCAUCCAGCAUCCUAUUAAAGAUUUAGCUAUGUCAUCUCUCACCUAGAUUAUUUCAGACAUGGAAUCCCAUCAGCCUUCAUUAAAAACAUUUUCAGGCAAUGUCUGUUUGAAGAAAAAUCCCUGUUAUAAAUCUUUCUGAAGGAAUGGAACAAAUGGCCUUACUGUUCACCUGCAGUGUUCCUGUGUGCAGUAUUCAUGGACACUCUGCUGAGACCCUGCUCUCCAAAGCUGGGGGUGACAUGUGGGGAGCCACAUUGCUGUUCCCCAAGGGUGCUAGUCCUCUAAGCUCAUGUAGGAGACGCUUUCCCUUUCAGUGUUCAUACCAAGGUGCUAAGAAAGAAGAUGAAUUUUGCUGACCCCUUGCUCUGCAGGCUGAUGGUUGUGAAGGAGCCAGCUCAGGUCUCUGUGCUGUCUCAGUUGCAGCAGCCCAGGACAGAAAUGUUUAUUCUCUCUGGGAUUCCUACCAGCCAGUCCUCCACACACCUCUCUGAAAACCUGGGAGCUUUUUUUUUUUUUUAUUGUAGUGUGGAAAAACAAAUGCUUAGUGAUGGUUAUUACUUCACAAUGGAUUUAGUGUCAUUUCCACCAUCUCUAAAAGCUGCUGCAUUUGUUGUUCUAUUUCUCAGUUUCCUUGUUUUAAGGUGACUCAUUCUAAAAGUUUUGCAAGAGCCCUGAGAUGGAGGUAUGUUCCUCAGACUUAAGCAAGCAGCUAAGGCCAACUGAAAUGUUUUUACACAAUAUUUGUGCACAUGCACAGGAAUGUAUGACUGCCUUUUAACUAGAUUUCACAUGGCCAAAAAUUGCCUGUUCAUGCCAUAAUUAUGUGUAGGGCAAUUUUAAAAAUUUAUUUCAUACAUAGAAUAUUUCUGUGCUGGUUUACAGAACUGGUUUACUCUUUUUGAUGACUUCUAAAGUUGUAGCUAUCACAAGUUCUUAAUCUGUUUUUUUUUCUGUCAUAUAAAAUAUAAAUAGCUUUUCUGUGUACAUUCUGUCUAGCAGUUUGACCCCAUACAUUAAUCUUCAGUAAUAUUUUUUUAAGUUUUGGUUUAGUCCUCUAGAUUUAUCUACUGGACUGUUUUUAUUUGCAGUCCAUUAUUAGAGUUUGUUGACUGCAACCUUUGAGUACAAUUGCCAGAUAAUCUGUUGUUUAUAUGUAUUAAUUUUGAUAGCUUUUUACCACCAAAAGAAAAGAAAAAAAAAGCUUAUAACCUCUUCUUUCCCCAUGACUAUUUCACCUAUUCAAACUACAGCUGGAGGAACUUAAACCAAUAAACUCCCUUCAUCACAUUCACUGAGAAGUGUAUAAAUGCUGCCUUCUUACGGUAUAGCAAGCAGAGUGGCUUGCAGGGUAGUUUUUGUUUGCAGGACUAAGCUGGGUCAUCUCUGAGGACAUGUGUUUACUGGGCUGCUGUUGUUAUCAAUGCUGUUGAUAGUUAUACAGACUCUGGUCAGAUUUUGAUGUGGUUAAUGAAGUUGUAUUUUUUCACAAAACUUGACAUAGAUGUUUUAUCAAUUUUUCUUGAGGUAUGUUUUAUUCGUUAAAAUAUAUCUGAAGGAUAAUGACAUAAUCAAUAAACCUAACCUCAAAAUAGUGAUUGUUGAUUAACGUUGAUGUAGAUGAACUUGUUUUAAAGAAAAAAAAGUCCAAGCAGUGUUUUCUUCCUACUUUGAAAUGGUUUUGAAAGAACAGACCCUUGGAUAUUUAUUUUUAAAUCUUUCAUCAUUUAACUUUUUUAUAAUUGCAGAUAUUAUUCACUCAAGAAUGUAAUCAAUGAUUGCUUUCUAGUCUUCCUUAUGGAUUUUGUUAUCAAUGGCUUUCAAUUGUUCUCCCUUAAUCAGAGGUCUCCUAUACUGUCCCUGAUCAGAGUAUAUGUUGACUGUGGUUUUAUUGCUGACUUUGAUGACAUUGGCAGUGAGAUUCACUGUAUUAUUUCAACUGGAAAAUUAAAGCGUGACUAAUAGUUGUC